AUGCCUGACGAGUUCCUUGCUAGCAACCCCCCCCCGCUCUGGCUCACUCUCUACCACAUCGUCACCCGCCUCCCUGACUCUCUGCGCGCAGUCAGGGAUCACUUCCUAGCUCGCUGCCCCACUGAGCUCACCAUUGCCCUCCUCGAGAAGGAACUACUUGCAGCUGAGGCGAGCAUCGUCGCUCCUCUGCUUCUGCUGUCGACCUCCUUGGUGCUGAGAAGGUCGGGACUUUGUCUGCUCCGAGCGGGCGCCGCAGGAACAGAGGGGGCAAGGGUGGAGGUGGCGGCGGGGGAGGCGGGGGUGGAGGCGGUGGGAGUGGAGGAGGGGCUGGAGAGGCUAGUGGCGGCAGUGGGGGUGGUGACGGCAGCGGCGGGGGCGGUGGCAGGGGCGGGGGCGGCAGCGGGGGCGGAGGUGGUCGUGGCAGCGGCAGGGGAGGAGGUGGUCGAGGAGGUGGCGGCGGCGGUGGUGGUCGUGGAGGCGCUGGCGGUGGUCUGA